AUGGAAGAAGAAAAACUCUUGCACUGCCUCAAGCUACUCCUCAUCUCUUUCUUGCUCUCCUAUUUUAUGCUCAAAGUCUUAGUUUUGCUAUGGUGGAGACCGAGAAAAAUAGAGGAACAUUUCUCCAAACAAGGUAUUAGAGGACCCCCUUAUCGUUUCUUGGUUGGCAAUGCCAAGGAGCUCGUGAGCCUAAUGUUGAAGGCCUCUUCUCAACCCAUGCCUUUUUCCCACAACAUACUCCCACGGGUGCUCUCCUUCUAUCACCACUGGCGCAAAAUCUAUGGUGCAACAUUUCUAGUAUGGUUCGGACCGAACGUUCGACUGACGGUGGCGGAUCCCGACCUCAUCCGAGAAAUCUUCACAUCAAAAUCUGAAUUCUACGAGAAAAAUGAAGCGCACCCGCUCAUCAGGCAACUCGAAGGCGAUGGCUUGCUCAGCCUCAAAGGGGAAAAAUGGGCUCACCACAGAAAAAUCAUCACACCUACCUUCCAUAUGGAAAAUCUCAAAUUGUUAAUACCGAUGGGGGCGAGUAGCGUGGUUGAAAUGUUGGACAAAUGGUUCGCUCCGGCAAACGGUAGUGGGGAAGGAAAUGAGAUUGAAAUUGAAGUAUCGGAAUGGUUCCAGAACUUGACAGAGGAUAUUGUGACCCGGGCAGCCUUUGGCCGCAGCUACGAGGAAGGAAAAGCCAUUUUCCGGCUCCAAGCUCAACAAAUGGUGCUUGCUUCCGAGGCUUUCCAAAAAGUUUCCAUCCCAGGUUACAGAUUCUUGCCCACGAGAAGUAACAUGAAGUCUUGGAAAUUGGACAAGGAAAUCAAGAAAUCACUGAUGAAGGUGAUCGAUCAAAGGAAAGAAAACUGGGGGAGCGAAAUCAAGGAAAAUGGACCCAAGGACUUGCUGGGAUUAAUGAUCAAAGCAAGCAUGAAAGGGGUCAGCAGCAGCAGCAGUAGCAGUAGCAGGGCGCGGGAAUCAAAUGCCAAUUCCAAUUCCAAUUCGUGUCCAUUCCCAUCAUCAGUAAUUACGGUGAAAGAUAUAGCAGAGGAAUGCAAGAGCUUUUUCUUUGCCGGGGAGCAGACAACAUCCAACUUGCUGACGUGGACGACCGUUUUGCUAGCAAUGCACCCAGAAUGGCAGGACCGAGCACGUGACGAGGUGCUCAAGGUGUGCGGACCACGUGACAUCCCCUCCAAAGAUGAUCUUGUCAAGCUUAAGACGAUCAGCAUGAUACUAAACGAGUCGCUCCGACUAUACCCGCCAAUUGUCGCGACGAUCAGACGAGCAAAGGCUGACAUGGAGCUAGGAGGAUGCAAGAUCCCCAGCGGCACGGAGCUUUUGAUACCAAUCCUCGCCGUCCAUCACGACCAUGCCUUGUGGGGAAACGACGCCAAUGAAUUUAACCCCGCUCGAUUCUCUGAAGGGGUGGCUCGAGCCGCCAAACAUCCCGUGGCAUUCAUUCCCUUUGGGUUGGGGGUCCGGCAGUGCAUCGGCCAAAAUCUAGCCAUCCUCCAAGCCAAGCUAACUCUUGCAAUCAUGCUUCAGCGCUGCACAUUUCGCCUGGCCCCACGUUAUCAACACGCUCCGACGGUCCUGAUGCUUCUCUACCCGCAAUACGGGGCUCCUAUCAUCUUUCACCCUCUGUCCCAUGAUCCCGUGACUCCCCAAAAUCGACGGUCCUAGUUCAAACAAAAUUGGACGUACCCUAGCCAUUGUGCGACUGCAUAUACUGACUGAUUUUCAGCAUGACCCAGAAAAGAGACUGAGAGAAGCCCCCAAUAGAAAUUGUAGGAAGCAGGUGAUAGAUACCUUGUUACGUUGCCCCCCACCUGCUUGCUUCUCGUUUUUAAAUUUUUUUUCACCUGAUUUCACUGACUGAUGAUCCCCCAAGCAGCAGUAAUCAAUGCCGGUAUCUGUUGCCAAAAGGAAUUGGAUUUUCGGCAAAAAUAUAAUGUACCAAGCAGCAACAGCAGCGGGUUAGUUAAGCUAGUGCUAGGAUUUCAGGAUUAAGAGCAACC